CAAACGAAGCCCGCACGCCGCUCCGAUCGAGACGAGCCGUGUUGCUGUACGGGCUACUGGCGUGUCUGCCUACCUACCCACCCACCCCCUUCUGCCCCCCCUCUCCGCAGCCCACCCCCCUGCGGCUCCCUCAUUAUCGCCGAGUCUGAGCUCCGCGAGGCGCGCCGUCAGGACCACUUGAAUGAACGGCCGACUCCCGGCGCACGCACACGGACGGACGGACGGAUGGAGCCGAGCGGCGGAGGCGCCGAGGCGCGCUGAGCACCAUGCGGGAGCGGCGGCAGAUGCCUGUCUGCUUGUUCCGACUGUAACAUUUGCACGGCAGAUGAAGCUCGACACGCACGAAGGAUUGGUGCGAGAGAAUGGCAACACCGGAUCUUCUGGAUCCAAAGACAGCAACCCAGAACUGUAAGCCGCGCCUUUCGUUCUCCACCAAGCCCAUCGUUUUAAAUUCAGGGGACGACAGCGACACGGUCACGACAGUCAUGAAGUGGAAGACGGUCUCUGCCAUUUUUCUCCUGGUGGUUUUGUACCUGAUCAUCGGUGCUACGGUAUUCAAAGCUCUGGAGCAGCCCUACGAGAGCUCCUUGAAAUACGCAAUACUGACGGAGAAGCUCAACUUCUUGUCCAAGAACUCGUGCGUCAACUCCACGGAGCUGGAGAACCUCGUCAAGCAAAUGAUAGCAGCAAUAAAAGCUGGCGUGAACCCCUCGGAAAACUCGUCGAACCAGACGAGUCUGUGGGACCUCAGCAGCUCCUUCUUCUUUGCUGGCACUGUUAUAACAACCAUAGGUUUUGGAAAUAUCUCACCGCACACGGAAGGAGGGAAAAUAUUCUGCAUCAUCUACGCCCUGCUAGGAAUCCCGCUGUUUGGAUUUCUUUUGGCUGGAGUUGGUGAUCAGCUUGGGACAAUCUUUGGAAAAGCAAUAGCCAAAGUCGAAGACAUGUUUGUCAAAUGGAACGUAAGCCAAACAAAGAUUCGCGUCAUAUCUACAGUUCUGUUUAUCCUCUUUGGAUGCCUUCUUUUUGUGGCCAUCCCAGCCAUCAUAUUUAAGCACAUCGAAGGCUGGAGUGCCCUGGAGUCCAUUUAUUUUGUGGUUAUCACGUUAACAACCAUUGGAUUUGGGGACUUUGUUGCAGGUGGAUCUGAAAUUGAAUAUUUGGACUUUUACAAGCCAGUGGUCUGGUUUUGGAUUCUGGUGGGACUGGCAUACUUUGCUGCCGUUCUGAGCAUGAUUGGAGACUGGCUGCGCGUCAUAUCCAAGAAGACCAAGGAGGAGGUGGGAGAAUUCAGAGCUCACGCUGCAGAAUGGACCGCAAACGUCUCUGCAGAGUUCAAAGAGACUCGGAGGCGCCUGAGUGUGGAGAUUUAUGAUAAAUUCCAGCGAGCCGCCUCCAUCAAGCGAAAACUGUCGGCAGAACUCGGACUGAACCCCACUCAGGAGCUGACGCCGGGGAAAAGGACACUCUCCGUAAAUUUUACAGACGAAAGAGAAAGAGAUGCCCUGCCUACUCUGACAAAAAAUGGCAGCCUGUACCUGAAUGGCCUCAGUCCUCCAGAUGCCGGUGGGGAAAUCUCGGUCAUUGAGCACUUGAACUAGAAAGGCUGACCCCCUCAUUAUGACCGUUGGCUGCGUUCUUCACUUAAAAUUCAACGGGGAGUUGGAAUUACAGGAACUGAACGGUCUUGACGCGAUAAGGCCAGUCUUGUCUGCCACACAGAAGUGAAGAUCGUUGCUUUUUUUGGGUCGGUUCCAUCUUUAAUGUGGAUGUCAGCUGGGACCCACAUGCGGGAUUGCUGGUGACCGUUCUGUGGCCGUCUCCACCAUCAUUUCUUUUCUUUGACAAAUGGAUUAAGAACAGGUGGGCAGCACAAUCCAUUCUGUCUUUCACCAGCUAAGACAAACCUUUCAACAACGGAGACUAUUGUUUGACUUGCCACUGGGCGUUACCGAACUGAAGUGAAGGUACAGCUUUUUACCUAAGGAAUUUCAACAGUGCCUUAUAGCAGAUCAAGAACAAUGACUUCAAAGCCACUGCAUGACACAAAUGCACAAACCCACUGAAAUGCAUGGGCUGAAAUAGACGCGAGAAAAGAUUCAAAAAGCGAAUUGUAGCAACACUGCAGCUCAUCUCAAAAUGUAUGUUCGGUGACAGAGACCUUGACUUGUAAAAGCAUGGCUUUCUGUCGAGACGUUUUUGAGCCCUUAAGCCCCGUGCUACCCGUGAUUGUUGUUGUACCACAACAGCGUCGCAGCUUCAUUUUGCAGGAUUUGCUUUUCCGUUCUUCUAUUAGGGUGCCUUUGUAUUCCAGUAAAUUGUCCUUACAGUAUGCUACUUAAACAAAAUGCCACACAUGAUGCCAAAUGAACUGAAUAUUCACCUCCACUCAAAUUAACGUUUCUAAAAGAAUAAUGCAGGUUCAAAAAAUAUCAAUCAAAGGCCGGCAGUAAUACGGUUGCCCCUUGCCAGGGUAGGCUUUUCUCCAGGUGCUCCACUUUCCACCCUCAUCCCAAAGAAAUGCUUGUUAGGUUGACUGAGGACCCCUAAUUGUCUCAGGGUGUGUGGAGCUCUGGCAGGGACUAACUGGUGUCCCAUUCACGACUGUCUGACGGCUCCAGUUCACUGGAAAUAGAGAGGGGAUGACAUUAAAGUAAUGAGGGGUCCACAUUGACGUUAUGAUAUUAACUGGCAUUUCCAGGAUGAUGGCGGGUGGGUGUGUGUGAUGACUGGCAUCUCAUCUGGAGUGGGUUCCUGUCCUUGUAGACUCCAGCAGCUUACAAUGAUGUUAAUGCAAAAAGCAAAUUUACAAAAUCAAUGGUUGAAGCCGUCUGUCCAUCCAUUAACUAGGCCGGCUAAACGUAGUUUUAGAGUCAAAGGCAGCUGAAUAAAUCGCUGAAUGUUAGAAAUGCCAAAAACAAUUGGGAGAUGAUGUAUUUUGUUAUAACACUUGUAAAUAAAAGCUUAUUUUCUUAGCA